AUCGACAAUCUGCAGUUCACUUUGCCGUUACUGAUGGCGAUAAUAAAGCUAGUCAUCAUACGAUGGAAGAAAACUGAUCUUAUACUGGUAUUAAAUAUGAUCGCCGACGAUUGGAUGAAAGCCAAAAGUGAGAAAGAACAGCGCGUGAUGAUAAGAUGCGCACAGAAUGCGCGAAUCAUCCUCAUUUUUGGAAACAGCUUCAUGAUUAUAGGAUUAAGUUUCGUCGUCUUUCUACCUUGCUUCGGAACAUCGCUGAGAUACAUAACAAACAUCACCGAUCCUGACAAGAUUUUGCCUCUACCAACGUAUUACAUUUAUGAUAAAGAUCAGACUCCGUACUAUGAACUCACAUUUAUUGCGCAAGUUCUGCUAAUGAUAAUGGCAGCUGCAUCUUAUACCGGUGUAGAUAAUCUGCUCGGAUUAUUGGUAUUUCACUUAUGUGGUCAGAUGGAAAAUUUGAAAGAACGAUUGAUCAACGUGAGGCAAAAUAGAACCUUUUCUGACGCUCUCAUGUUCAUCGUAGAAAAUCACAUACGUCUAAUCAAAUAUUUCGACAUUGUUGAAAGUACAUUCACUGUAAUGCUACUCGGAUUACUACUUUAUUUCGGCAUUCUAUUCUGUCUAUUCGGAUUUUUAAUUGUCAUCUUACUCACGGAAGGAAAUGAAAUAUCAAUGAUACGUUUGAUAUAUUUAAUAUCUAUAAUGUUAAACAUUAGCGGCCAUAUGUGCUUGUAUUGCGUAGUAGGCGAGAUUCUGGUAGCAAAAUGCGAAGGAAUAUAUUAUGCAGCAUAUAAUUGCGAAUGGUACACACUAGAGCCGGAAAAGGCAAGAACUUUGAUCCUGAUAAUGAUACGGGCCAACAAGCUACUUCAUAUUACAGCUGGCAAAAUGUUCCCUAUGACACUGUCGAUGUUUUGCAAUUUAGUAAAAACUUCAGGCGGCUAUGUAUCAGUUCUACUCGCCAGUCAAAAUUUUGAAUGGGCAAUUAAGCUGAAUCGCUUUGCACUCAACAUCCCCGGUUUAUGGCCAGGCGUUUACAAAAAUACCUGCGAUAGAUUUUUAUCAGAUUUGCGCACGACACUUUCCUUCCUCUUAUUUGUUUGCAUCGGUCUGAUUCCUACGCUACACUCGCUGGUGAGAACGUGGAAUGACAUGAUCGCGAAAAUCGAUAAUCUGCAAUGUACUUUGCCCUUACUGAUAACGAUAAUAAAGCUUGUAAUCAUACGAUGGAAGAAAACUGAUCUUACACUGGUGUUAAAAAUGACCGCUGACGAUUGGCUGAAGGAUAAGAGCGAGAAGGAAGAGCGCGUAAUGAUAAAAUACGCACAGAAUGCGCGAACCAUUCUCAUUUUUGGGUACUUCAUCAUGAUUGUAGGAUUAAUUUUCGUCAUCUUUCUACCUUGCUUCGGAACAUCGAUGAGAUACAUAACGAAUAUCACUGAUCCGGGCAGGAUCCUGCCGAUACAAACGUAUUAUUUGUAUGAUAAAGAUCAGACUCCAUAUUAUGAACUUACAUUCAUUGCGCAAGCUCUGCUAAUGAUAGUAGGAAUUAUAUCUUACACCGGCGUAGAUAAUCUGCUUGCAUUAUUGGUAUUCCACUUAUGUGGUCAAAUAGAAAAUUUGAGAGAGCGAUUGAUCAACAUAAGACAUAAAACUUUUUACAACGAUAUCGCUUUCAUCAUCAAGGAUCACAUACGUCUAAUCAAAUAUUUCGAUACUAUUGAGAAUACAUUUACUUUAUUGCUACUUGGAUUGCUGCUGUAUUUUGCCAUUUUAUUCUGUCUAUACGGAUUUUUAAUCGUUGUGGUACUCACGGAAGGAAAAGAAAUGUCAAUGAUUCGUUUGAUAUACCUACUAUCUGUAGUGUUAAACGUUGCCGGCCAUAUGUGCCUAUAUUGCGUAGUGGGCGAAAUUCUCGUAGCGAAAUGCGAAGGAGUAUAUUACGCAGCAUAUGAUUACGAAUGGUACAUGUUAGCGCCGGAAAGGGCGAAGAUUCUGAUCCUGAUAAUGAUACGGACCCACAAGCCUCUGCAUAUUACAGCUGGGAAAUUUUUUCCUAUGACACUAUCGAUGUUUUGCAACUUAGUAAAAACUUCAGGCGGGUAUGUAUCAGUUCUACUCGCGAGCCAAGGUUCAUAA